CAAAGGACACAGCUCCUUCCUGGAGUACUGGACUGCUACAUCACAUUAGAGCUGGGAAUACUACACAGGACUGCAGACAGGACUGAGCGCUGCUGGGGAGCACAAGCAACAGGGCUGCAGAAAGGUCCCAUUUCUUGUUCUGAAAGAACUAAUCCAAAAGAGAACAAAUUCUGGAAGACCUUAACAGGUCUCAAUCACUCUCAAGAUGUUGCGGAGUCUCCUACCACAUUGCAGUUUGGCGGUUUUCAUCCUCAGUUGCACAUUCCCCGCUCACGGAAGACCAGCACAGGGACUCAACGGCAGAGUACGGAGGGCGGUCUCCGAACAUCAGCUGCUCCAUGACAAAGGGCGGUCCCUCCAGGACCUCCGGCGCAGGAUCUUCCUGCAGAACCUCAUUGAAGGGGUGAACACGGCGGAAAUCCGGUCAGUGCCAGAUGAAUUGCCCCGCCCCAUCCCCAGCGUCAAGAACUUUAACACCCUGCGUCUGGUGGGCGAGGAGGAGGGAGUGACAACCCAGCUGACUCAGGAGACCCACAAAUCACAGAGCUUCAAAGACCCUCCACCCAAAAUCCCCAACAAGAAGAAGAAGGGCAAGCCUGGCAAAAGAAAGGAGCAGGACAAGAGGAAGAGGAAAGAGCGGGCAGCACUAGAGGGCCUGCAGGACCCACCCGGGUCAGAACUGUGGUGGGAAGAGCUGGGCAUCAGGACGCAAUGAGAAUUCAACUGGAGCUUCCAUAUCCGUUGGAGCAAGAGAAAAUUAAAAAAAAAAAAACAAGAGAAAACAGUAAAAAAAGAA